CAGUAGGUGGAUGAUGUUAACUUCCUAGUUCUCUGGAUAUUACUUUAAUAACAGCUAACGCGACGUGUAUAUCUUCUAAAAAACCCAAAUAUAAACUCGAUUCCGGUUAAAAAAGUGAAACUCCACGGCUCUACUUUCCUCUCUUUGAUACAAGCGGAGUGUUUUUUGUCAAAAUGACUUUUUACAGACUUCUCUCCGCGGUUCUUUUACCGAUAUGUUGGGUGUUUGUCGCCGUGGUGGGGGAGGCUGUAAACCCGGUCACAGAGGCUCAGAUCCCCGCAGUGACGAACUCCAGCACCGGGGGGAACUCCACACACAGCGGCGGGAAAAAGCACCGCGGAGGAGGGCUGUUUAACGGGCUGGACAGCUCCAUGAUUCAGAGGGCCCUGUACGUGCUGAUCGGGAUCACCAUCAUCGGGGUUAUUUACUUCGUCAUCCGGGCUGUGAGGCUGAAGAGGCCCGCCCACAAGAAGAAGUACGGCCUGCUGUCGAACUACGACGACUCCGUGGAGAUGGAGGCGGUGGAGAGCGACGAGGACGACACGCUGUAUGAAGCACGCAGCCUCCGCAGAUGAGUGUCGUCCCCUGAAGGAUCAGAGGAGUGUUUACGGUCAGCUGAUUAUUGAUUAUCAAUCACAAAGAGAGAGAGAGAGAGGAUUGACCAAAGACUGCUGCUGGAGGAGGACGAGGACGAGGAAGAGGACCAAACUGUUAUAGAAGAUUUAAGCCAAAGCUGCUCGAUGAACCCAAGCAGGAUAAUCAUAAUUUUUUUUAACGGUGGUUUGGAUAGUAGAUGAGUUUGUGGGAGAAGCAGACCUUUCUGUGGAUGAUUAUGAAAAAUCACUUUUUUGUUAUUAUUAUUAUUAUUAUUAUUAUUAUUUCAAAGAGUCUUUUUCCGCUCUUCCUGUGUGCUUGAACUACUGCAAACUGAUUCCAGACCAGCUGAUAAACAUGCAGUGUGACUCGGGUUUGGAUGUUUUUUUUGUAUAUCCACAUUCCUUUAAUUCCUGCCAUCUUAUAAAGGUGGCGUGCUCAAACUAAAACAUAGUGUGAUUCCGGUUUGUUUCCACCUGUUGUUUGGAACAAAGAAGUCUCCUAAAGCGUGUCAAAUAAACCUGAAUCAUCUCGGUAACAAUGCACCUCCAAACUCCAUUCAUAAAUCCAGCAAUUUGAUGCUUACACUCUCACCCGCGGGAGUUCAUAUGCUAUAAAAUGUUAUUUAUGUUUUCUAUAAUUUAAGCGCUCUCUCGUGUCAAUUCAGGAUGCUUCUUAUCCUCCACAUUUUUGUUUUAGCUUCUCAAUUAACUGUCAAUUUGGAGAUUUGUUCAGCAGUGUCAUGAGAAGAACAGUAAUGUGCCUUAUAUCUCCUGUAUGUGGAGCAAAAAAUAUCACGCCAAAUUCCAUUUAAAAACCAAGUCAUUUAACGCUUUCUCUUCCUAAGUGUGAGAAAUGGGAUCUGUGUGUUAUCUCAAACACACAAAGCAAAUACAGAAAGUUGCCACGUUGGCGAUCUGCAGAAAUCCAGGUCAUAGUUCACGUGUGUAAGAAUAAACCAAAAAGAUACACACUCGGCAGAUUUCAUUCCAUUCGUCAGCAGGAUUCGGGUUUUUUAGGGACACUCGGUGGAAAGACAAGUUAUGUCUCUUUACAUUUUGAAGUAUAUCUGAAAUAAAAGCGUUCAUUUUCAUUCAUAAAGCCUUAUUUUUGUAAUUAUCCAACACCACUUCAUCUCUCAGAUAUAAUGUUGGAUCAUAGUGUGAAAAGGAACAUAUAUAUGGAUAAGAUAAUUGACCAAAGUUGUUAUAAUCCACCAUUGCAUUUAGCUUUUAGGGUUUUUUAAGAAGCUAUAUUUGCAGAAAAAGACUCUGGAGGUGAUUGAGAUUAUAUAUACGAGUAUUAUCUGGCCCCGAAAAGGUGCUUUGCUUAUUUUUCCUUAUAGCUUCAGUUCAUAUUACAGUUAAGCAGAAAUAGCUUUUGUUACCAAUCAUAGGAAACACUGCUGAAUUUAAAGCCGAAUAAAUAUCAAUUUAUUAUUUGCUUUUUCCACAUUGUUGUAUUCUUGCCUGUAAACAAUAUUCAUAUUGUUGUGUUCAGCUCUUCACCCACUAUAACGCUCUCAGGUUUCGUGUUCAAAUAAUCCCGAGACUUUAAAAAGAUGUACACAUUUGUAAAAAAAGUACAUGUAGGAAUGUCUCUGAUGUCUUUCAUUUGUUUAAAUGGAAAUAAGGAGAGACACUUUUCCUCUGCUGGGAUGCCAAAGUUUCAUUUCUACAACAUUGAACAUUUUUGAGACAAUUUCUAAAAUAAAAAUAUUUUCUGAAGUUC